UCGAUUUAAUACCAUAUACAUUCAACUCUCAGUCUUCGUACUAUUAUAGAAAACAUGUAUAAACUCACUGACAUUUUCGUUUUGGUGGCGCUGUUCAGCUCCUGCAGGUGUUGGGUCAUAACGAGACAUGAGCAACCUGCUCUGGACAACGGCUUACCUGACGAAGACAUAGAGGAUAUCCAUAGCGAGGAGGUGGCUAGGCAGAAGUUCAAUCUAAUCUUCCCUGGUACGAAAUGGUGCGGCACAGGCGACAUCGCGGAUAACUAUGACGACCUCGGCUCGGCCAGGGAGACCGACAUGUGCUGCAGGGACCACGACCACUGCUCAGACCUCAUCCUCGGCAAGGAGACCAAAUACAACCUCACCAACCCGGCCUUCUACACCAGACUGAACUGCGGGUGUGACGAGAAAUUCCGUCUGUGUCUUCGUGCUGCGAACACCCGAAUUGCAAAUAGAAUCGGCAAAAUUUACUUCAACGCUUUGGGAACUAAGUGUUACAAGGAGGACUACCCUGUCAUCGGGUGCAACUCAUACGGCGGAUGGUUCAAGAGGAAAUGUGUGGAGUAUUCGUACAACACUACCGCGGACCGCCGCUUCCAGUGGUUCGACGUUAACAACUACUAAACAUACUUAGACAAUACAAGUUGCGUCUAGUUCAUUUUAAUAAACGAUCCCAAUCUCAAUCUUCAAUCCGAUUCCGAGAAUGAACCAAUCAAAGUAAGUCAUUUGUACGCAUAUCAAGAAAAACUUUGUUCUUAUUGGUCUAUUUUCAGAUAGAUCAGAAAAAGCGAUCGGGAUCGUUUAUUGAAAAUGGCGGUAAAUUAGAUAAAAUCAUAAUCAAUUCUUGUUUCAAAUCAGUAUUUAUUUUAUUGUUUACAUUUAUAAACCUCAUACAGUAAUUAUGUUUAGUUUAAUCAGGAACAAGGGCAUUACUCUGAUGACAGAUAUUCUCAAUUUUACUGUUUAUAUUCAAAAAGUCUAUGUUUCUGUAACACUAUUUUUAGCUAAAAUUGUAUUUAAUACACUUGAUCUACAAAGACUGUUUAUUGUGAUAGUAUAUACCUACAUAAAAUCUUAUUCACCAA